AUGAGUUCGCCGUUUUCUGGAAGAGCUGGCUUGCGGUCGCCUCGCAAGAAGCGGCUCGAGGACGACGAUCUACGGCUGGCAAAACUGCGCAGUCCCGCCAAGCGGUCGAUGGCGGAGCUCAAUCGAGCGGCAGUGGAGCGGGCCACGCGACUCAAACUGGAGUCUCUGCAGGACGACGAGGACGAGAUCGACGCCGAGGAGAUGGCUCUGGCAGACCGAAUAAUUGCCGAGAGCAAGAAGGAUGGGCUGACACCUCUGGAGCUGGAAGAGAGCGAGCACGAAAGCGGCGAGGAGUCGGUCAGCGAGUUUGAGGAGAUGGAAGAGGCCGAGGACGAUCCGAUGGAGGACGUUGACGAUGGUGUUUCAGACGACGAGUUUACUGGAAAACGAAUACGACGUCCACGCAGGGCUGCACAAACAGCGUUUCGCGCCUCCAGAACGCCAGAAGCGAGCGUUGCGCCGCUCAAGGAGGCCGAUCUCAAACCGCUACAAAUGAGCACAGUCAAGCUAAUGGAAGUUCCCAAGAUCGACAGAACCGAGGAUCUGCUGCUUAACUUUGCGGACGAGGAAAAGUCGCUUUUCUACGAUGGCCACGAGGGCUACUUUGAGCAGCAAAAGCUGAAAAACAAAAAGCCCGGUACAGCGUCCAUGGCACUGGCUCCAGAGCUUAAUUACGAGGAGUAUGAAAAAUACAGCAAAAUCCUGGAAAUGUCUGCUGAGCAUCAGAUAGCAAACUUGAACAACUACUACCGGCUCCAAUUCUCGCAGUGGACGUUUGAGCUGCAGCAGGGCUUCAAUCUGGUUUUCUACGGUGUUGGCUCAAAACGUCUUUUAUUGCUUGAAUUUUUGCAGCAACAUUUUCUGCCCGCGGUGCCGGGCGCAAAGUGUCUUGUUGUCAACGGGUACAACCCGGACUUCCGUCCUAAAACGCUGCUGUCGAUGAUCCAGGAGACCGUUCUCGGGGUCAAGAAUCCUAUAGCACCACACAUUCACGAAACAUUGUCCAACAUUAAGCAGAACUUCGCACAGAACGGUGACCUUAGGUGUGUCCUGCUGGUGAACAACAUUGACGGCGAGGCGCUGCGCACGGACAGAAUGCAGCAGAUUCUGAGCGAGAUCGCUGCAAUUGAGCAGGUGCAUUUUCUGUGCACCAUGGACAAUCUGAACAUGCCUAUUUUCUGGAACUCCAGCAUGCAUUACAACUUUAACUUCAUCUGGCAUAACAUCACCACAUAUAAAUCGUACAAAAUCGAGAACGGGUUCAAGGAUCCGCUUGGACUGGGCAAGAGCAACAAGUUUGUUGGCACACAGGGUGUCAAGUACGUUUUGAGCUCUCUCACGGCCAACGCCAAAAACCUGUACCGGCUGCUAAUUUUGCAGCAGCUGGAGAAAAUCGAUCUGAGCGUGAGCCACGACGACCUCGACAAGAGAGGCGCCACAAAGGGCAGCAACAGGUACAGUCUGCUGCUCAAGGAGUUCUACCAACAGUGUUUGUCGGAAUUUAUUACUUCCAACGAGAUAUCUUUUCGCACGGUUCUAGGAGAGUUUGUGGAGCACAAAAUGUGUACGCUCACGAAAAACUCUGCCGGUGCAGAGAUCUUGUACGUUCCGUUCACGGUCGACGAGAUGGAAAAGCUGCUGGAAGAGCAAUUUGUAUAA